AUGUAUGGUCAAGGAAUAUACUUUGCGACGGAUUCCUCCAAAAGCGCUCAAAGCAUUUACACCAAAGGUUCCCAGAAACUUCUACUUUGUCAAGUUAUUCUCGGAAAGUCAAAAACUGUUCAGCAAUCGGACUAUAGUUUAAACAAGCAGAAGUUACGAUCUCAUGGAUACGACUCCGUUUACGCCCCACGUGGAACAGCUGUGAAGAACGAUGAGUUUGUGAUCUUCGAUCCAGACCAAGCUCUUCCUCAGUACAUCAUCCAUUUCUCUGACCUUAAUACUGUUCUCCCACCCUCUCCGUCAAAUCUCGCACCACAACAGCCACUUACCAUAAAAAAAAUGCUGCCAACAAGAACAGUGAAUUUCCAGGACCCGUUCGAAAUGUAUUACAGCUUCGCCGAGUCCCAUUUCAGAAGAAUGGCAGCUAAGGGUAAUCCACCGUUGACCGCGCAACAAGCUAAGAUUUCCUCCAUCGACAUCGUCAUUAACAACGUUCUUGAGACAAAGUUCCAAGCAACUAAAAGAAAAUUUCAAGCUCAAGGCAUCCCCGACCGAGAAAUUCUUGCUUAUCAUGGGACCGCACCGAGCAAUAUACAGAGUAUUUUGCAAAAAAACCUUCUGCUAAGUUUCGCCCGCAGACAGCUUUAUGGUAGAGGGAAUUAUUUCUCAGAAUUCCCAGGUAUCAGUUUAGGUUAUGGACAUGGUCUCCUUCUGUGUCGUAUUCUUCCCGGAAGAGAAUUCGUAGAUACCAGUGGAUCUAACAUUCCUUCUGGAUACAACUCAAAGAAAGUUCUGUUGACUGGUCAACCCGCAGGUGCUGCAGCGAACGCUAAUGGGGAAAUGAUCAUUAUUGACAAUUCUGAUCAAAUCUUGCCUUUCUACGUUAUUCAUCGUUGA